AAUUGGAAGAACACUACCCCUCUCCAAUGUCCGAAUCCAAUAUCUCUCCUCCUCACUUCAUCUGCACCGUCCGAUCUGCCUCCCGAUCGAGGGUCCACGUUCGCCCACGAUUCCUCCGCUUCGUCCUUUGAUUCAACAAGCCCCUCAUGGCCGGUAUCCAUCCACGACGCCAGCUCCAGCACCGUUCGAUCAGAAGGGCGAUCCAACUGCCCUGGUGGAUCUUAUAAUUCGAUAGUUCUGGUUUACUCGCUGUAACAUUUAUACCCUCCCUCGUCAUCCAUUUGAAUAAUCACCAAAAAGAAGAAAAAAAAUUAAUAUUUCUCUCUCGCUCGCUCGCUCUCGCUCUGUGAGAAUUCGCAGUGGACAGAAGAAGAAGAAGAUAUGCAAGAGCAGACGACGAGCUCCCUAGCUGCGAGCUCGCUUCCUUCGAGCAGCGAGAGAUCUUCGAGCUCAGCUCUUCAAAUCGAAGUGAAAGAAGGCAUGGAGAGUGAUGAGGAGAUCAGAAGAGUGCCGGAGAUGGGAGGGGAACCGGCGGGGACGUCCGCGGCCGGUCGAGAAUCCGGUUCGGUGGCCGGUCCAGACCGGGCUCGGCCCGCGGGUCAAAGUCAAAGGAAGCGGGGGAGGAGUCCAGCUGACAAGGAGAACAAGAGGCUAAAGAGGUUGUUGAGGAACAGAGUAUCGGCGCAGCAAGCACGGGAGAGGAAGAAGGCGUACCUAAGCGACUUGGAGUUGAGAGUGAAGGACCUGGAGAAGAAGAACUCGGAGCUGGAGGAGAAGCUGUCCACGUUGCAGAACGAGAAUCAGAUGCUCAGACAUAUACUGAAGAACACCACGGCGGGGAGGAGAGGAGGAAGCAGCGGCUCCAAUGCGGACGGGUCGUUAUGAGAAGAAUUACGCCAAUCAGAAGCUAUAACCAUUAUAUAUCUGGUUUAUACAGAGGAAGUGGUUGAAGAUCUGUGCCCUCUCUCUCUCUCUCUGGUUCCUUUUUUGCCCAUUUUAGAUUAGACAUUCCAAUCAUCUUUAGGGGGUAAGAAGCUUGGCAAAAGUCCAGCCUGCGAUGCUUCCUGUCUUUGGAGGAUUCACAAAAGGGAGCGGAAAGCGUUGAUGUGCUUGUUUUCACGUUCCAGUGGUAAAGGCACGACGGCCUUUGCUCAAGAGUUUGAUCGAUGUGAAAAUAGAUGAGUCCUGAAUUGUGAUGUGGGAUUGUGGUCGUA